AUGAAUGGCGGUGAAUUUCGUCUGUUUCCACCCGGACGCUUUUGCUCGCUGCACCCUGACCCGGAAGUAGAUCGCUGGACGAAGGGACCGAAGUUUUCGACCAAACAGAAGAAGAGAAUCAUGUUGUCCCGCAGCGUCUCUAAGAGCGACAUCCUGAGAGGAAUCAUCACCGAGAAGCUGAGCACAGCCGCCCGGGAGAUCCUGGCGGUGGUGGAGAGGACCGUGGCCGACUACGAGCAGGAGGCUGCGGGCUUGAGGCAGGAGGUGCAGCGGCAGAGGAGGCAGCUGGAGCUCCUGCAGCCUCGGCUCCGACUGCACGGAGGAGACCUGCAGAGCCAGGAGCGGGGAGAAGAACCAGAGGAACCAGAGGAACCAGAGGAGCAGCAGCUCUCCCAGCAGACAGGAGCGUCCGUUUGUCCAGGUGAGGACAAGUCUGGACGCCAGGACUUCCUUUGGUACAACGAUGAUGAAGAUGAAGAAGAGCAGCGUUCGGCUCAAUCGACAACGAGCCUCAGAAAGACCCGAGAAGACCUGGACCCAGACUUUCAGAUCCCAUCAAGGUCGGCUCGAUCUGAGCAGAAGAGGCCCCGCAGACCUUCCAUCAGUGACACCCAGGACCACCUGAACCUCAGAGUCCGGGUCCUGGAGGACUCCCAGACUGAGGUGCUCUCCAACAUAGUGUUUAGGAAAAGCCCCGUACAGGACCUGAAGUGCCCUCUUGGUCUAGCGGAGCCGGACUUCCUGGACCUUCUGAGGUCCACCUUCCCUCAGCUGGCGAACGGAGAAGCUUUUGACCUGUUCCUGAGCACUAGGAGCAGGAGGCUGCAGCGUCUGGAGGUGUCAGCUGUGACUCCAGAGGAGGUCCACUCGGCCAUGAGGUCCUCCGGACACUCGGCGCUCUACAUCCGGCUGAAGUCAGCAGGAGCUUCUCAGAGCAGCGCUGAAGAUCUUCAUCCUCCUCAGAAACACGACGCUGAGCAGAGAUCCAGCUCCACGUCCCUCGAGCAAACCAGAGUGGUGUCGAGGUUGAUGUCUCCUGGAGAUCAGCCUGAGAAGAGGAGACGUGGCAGACCUAGGCUCGGUGAAGAACCAUCUCAUUACUUCCUCAGGAUCUGCAUGCUGGAGGACCCUCAGUCAGAUGCUCUCUCAGAAACAGAGCUCCGCCGGUCUUCAGUGCUGGACCUGAAGUGUCCUCGUGGUCUACAGGAGGGGGAGUUUGUGGACCUGCUGAGGUCCACCUUACCUCAGCUGGCUGGUGGGGACAAAAAGUUCAACCUCUACAAAUCUGAUCGGAGCAAAAACCUUGUGAGGCUCAAAGUCAAGACGCUAACGCCAGAGAAGAUCUACGGGAGCAUGAACGCCACAGGGAUCAGAAAGACUCUGCUCUACAUCAAAUUAAAGACGGGCGAGAACGAUGAGAGCGAGGAGGAGCACGAAGCUGAACGCCGAGUUUCCACGGAUGGAGCGGUGAUGGAACGUGAAGCCAGUUUGAGUUCAAGUUUAGAGCUUCAAAGAGGGAGCGCUCCGACCAACACCUCAACGUUACCACAAGAUCAGGAGCUACAAGAGGCAGGAGCUGAGAGCAAUGUGGGAGACCGGACUUUGGACCAAGAUGAUGACUGGAAACCGGAUCCUGAGGAGCUUCUGUCCAAAAAGAGUAAAAGAAAAAGGUCUAAGAGGAUCCUGGAGGAGGGAGAGAAGAGUAAAGAGCCCUGCAAGGUGUGUGGACUGUGGUACAUGGCCUAUGGGGGCUUGAUCCGGCAUGCGUGGAGUCAUUUGGAUGACCCGCCGAGCGUUUGUGGGGUGUGUGCAGAAAGUUUUGCAUCUUCAGAAGAGCUUAAAGAACAUCUUCAAUCUCACCAGAAAACGAAUCAAUGUUCGUUCUGUGGGAAGGCUUUCAUCACCACGACUGGCCUCAGCAACCACAUGUCUCUGCACACCGGGAACCGGCCUUACAAGUGUCACGUCUGCGACAAGACCUUUGCCUCCGAGUCGGCACUGAACGGUCACCUCUGGGUCCACAUGGAAAAUAAACCUCUCAAGUGCGAUUUGUGCCCGAGAUCGUUUGGUCUGAAAGCACAGCUCAAGGCUCACAGGAAGUGGCACGCCGGCAGGGACAAGUACAUUUGUAACAUCUGCGGCAGGUCUCUCUACGACCUCAGGUCUUUGACCCGCCACAGAUUUACUCACUCAGGCGAACGGCGUUUCAGCUGCGAAGUCUGCGGGAAGCGCUUUAAACUUCAAGGAACACUAAGGUCACACAAGAAGACCCAUACUCACAGGGAUCGAUCGUACCUCUGCCACAUCUGCUGCAAAGCCUUCUUCUCUAACUCCACCCUGAUGAUCCACAUGAAAACUCACAGCGGUGAGCGGCCCUUUGUCUGCAGCGUGUGCGGUAAAGGGUUCCUGAACAGUUCAGAGCUUAAAAACCAUACGCGGGUUCACACGGGUGAGGCACCGUAUGGAUGCUCCGAGUGCGGACGCUUCUUCAAGCUCAGAAGCACCCUGAAGUCCCACAUCUUGACCCACUCCGGCAUCAAACGGUUCACCUGUGGACUUUGUGGGAAAGCGUGUUCUCGUCAGGAACACUUGAAGAUCCACAUGAGGACCCACAACGGAGAGAGACCUUACAAGUGCUCCCUCUGCGAGAAAGACUUCACCCAGAGCCACUGUCUGAAAACGCACAUGAAGAGCCACCAGACCGGAGAAAGCCCCGUCGUGGAACCGUCCACGUCUGAAGCAGCCCCCUCGCAAGUCUGA